AUGGCCGGCACCUUGGAAGAACGGAAGCGGGCAAGGGACUACCUCAUGUGGCUCACCUGGCAACGCACCGGCCCAGUGAACAUCGACAUAGCCGGUCGGGACGAUGUGAUGGAGAUGGAGGUGCCGGUGGAGAUGCGCGGCUUGACCAAAGCUGCCUCGCUGCGCGAAGUCGAAAAGGAGUCCGGAACCUUCUGCUUCUUCCAGGGAGACAGCAGCACAUCAGAUGUACUGUUGAUCUGUGGACAUCGUCAAGAGGCGCGGGCGCAUGCGGAGCAGUUGCUUCACGACCUGAUGAUGAAAGGCUCAGUGCAGCAGCGUCCCAAGGCACCGCGUCGACAAGGGCGUCGGCAGCGGAAUCCCCGGAUGCGGAAUCGACCGCCGAAGAGGAAGGUUGAGAGCAGCAGCGAAGAGGAAGAGUCAGAGUCAGAGGCAUCCGUCUCCGAAUCGGAGUCGCACUCGGAGCUUUCGCUUCACAGCGACGAGCGGGAGAAGGCUUCCGAGCGGGUGGCUCCGCCGCCCCCGAGGCAGACCAGAGGGUGGGGCACUGGUCCUCGCAUCCGGCAGUGGGCCUCGCAGGAUGACACUGAUUCUGACGACGAGAUCGUUCCAUACUGGUAG